AUUCAAACGCGUUUUGAUUUUAAUGCAGAAACAUUGCAUCCAGUCAAUGGGACCAGAGCGCGCAGCAUUAGCCGGACUCAUUGUCUGCUUCUGGAAGGCAGCACCUGAAAACAUUUGAAUUGUUCAGGAAAUAGAUCGGAUAGUUCACAUUUCGCCUAGCUAACCACUGUAAACAGUAGGGCACGGCUAAAGACCCCACUGUAGCGGCGAAAAUGGUCCAAAAUCACGUCUUGAUAAUAUGAGGUAGAACCGCGGUUUUGUUGCAGUCGGAGACUGAGUGUUGAUGCAUCAAAGGACCUCCUCGGUUGUAGAUCAGUGAAUAACACGGACUUCUAUUUUCUUGCUUCAGUGUAGCUGAAAAUCUCAACGGGUAUUCAUUUUUGAUUUUGAAGAGUUCCUUCUCCACAGCGCGAUGAAUUUCCAGUCGAGUGUCCCUGUGUCCGUGUCGGUCUCCGGAAUCUCCCAGCAGUCGCAGCCGGCCAUGCCCACCCCAGGCACCGUCCCAGCGCCUGUUCCGGUACCAGUACCCCAGUCCGUUCCACCCCAGUUCGGAUCCGGAUCGUCCGCAAGCUCAGGGGCGGGUCAGUUUGGCUCGGGAACCGUAUCAGGCCCAGCUGCACAGUCCGGCCAGUCUGGCUCCCAGUUUGUCCUGUCCAACUCCGCUGCCAUCAGGGCAGAAAUUCAUAGGUUCGAGUCCGUCCACCCGAACAUUUAUGCAAUUUACGACCUGAUCGAGCGCAUAGAUGACCUGGCCCUUCAGAAUCAGAUCCGAGAGCACGUUAUCUCCAUUGAAGGUAAGCAUGGAAAAUUCGCUGGCAUCAGUUGCCGCAUUUAAUUGGUGUCAGUCGGUUGUAAUUGUAGGCUUGGAGACAAUAGUAACAGUGUAGCAUGGCAGGCCACAACAACACGGAAAGAAACCUAGCACACAGCACGGAUCACAGGAAAGUACAAGGAGUGUCGAUCCUGCAUGUGUUGGCUACAUUGUUGCCACAUUUGAUUUAUCUACCCAAGUCUGCUUUGUUUCCAAACAUUGUACAUCGACUCGUACAGCCGAUUUUUCUGACAUCUUGUAAUCAAGCUAUAGUAUACUUGGAAUGGCGGCUUAACAUGGAAUAAUAUACUAUAAGAAUGAUUUCAGAAACGGGAAUUUGGGACCCUAUUUGAAUUAAAUCUUCUGUUGGUUGGGAAGUUCAUGGCUCAUCACGUAGUGGGAAAUGGUGUCAGCUUUCACUUUAGCAGGCUAUCACUGGUGUCCAAACAGAAACACAGCUGCCAUAGCCUGUGUCUGCUGGCAUCAUUAUUUUAGGAAAACUGUAUUUGCUGAGAUCUCGUUGUACUGGCGUGCACUAUCUAUUGAUCCUUUCAUCUUCCCCAUUUCAAUAGCAUGUGGGUGAAUGGCAUGUUGUGGAGGUGUAGAAGGCGAGAGAGAGUGUUUUAUUAGGGUGCCUGGGCUUAUAAAAGCCCACAUGCUGAAGGCACAGUUGUUUUGCAUAGUUAAACAAUAAACUGAAAUAGGAAUGAUUGCAUACUGAAGGGUGUAUUACGAUACACUUAUAUUGAAGUGUGCUAAUUAAGACACUUACUGGGCACUGUGCUGAAGAGCAGCCUAAAGUGAAAUUUUGAAUUCACCCAAAGCUCCUAAACCUCACCCUGUUUUCAUUCGGAUCAGUGGACACUCCAUCCAUCCACCAACCAAACACCCACUCAUGCAAAUGACUUCAUCCAGAGUGAACUUAUUAAAGCACUCUGUCUGAAAUGUUGCAAUUUACCAGUUUAUUUAAAGAUCUACAUUCUAGGAGUUUCCGUCAAUGCAGUCGCGCAGUCAUCAGCGUGCUUCAAAUCCACCACUGGUUUCCAUAGGCGUUUCAGUGAAGUGACGUGUUUUACCGUGACGGCGAUGCACUUUAUCACUAAACCCAACCAGCGCUUGAGGUGUUACAGUGUUGAACUAUGCCAGUUGUGUUGGCAAUCCCGAGUCUGUAAUGCUGUUGAACAUGUAAAAAGAUAGAAGGCACAAUAUGCUGUGGUAUAUGUUUUUUUGGUGGAAUAAUCUUUGCUAAUCUUAUAAGCUUUUUAAAAUGCCUAACUUGUCUCCAACUCUAAUGUGGAGAUAAAUAAACCUCUAUAAGCUGAUCUGAUCAGAUUUAAGCCAUUGUUGGUGAGAGUAGUUUCAUUUAAAAAAUUAAAAAACAACUUGGUGGAAGCUGUAAAGGGUCUCCCUUGUUUAAUUGAAAUAUUUUGAUCAUCUCUAUCAAAAAGGAGAAUUACCAAGACAUUUCAUUUGAGAGACUGACACCUCAAAUAUCUGUGUUGGAUGCUUGUUCAGGCCAUUUUUGUUUGAGUGUUAUAUGGGCCACAUUGCUUUGAGUGGUUCUGGUUCUUCUUCUUAAAGUUCUGCUGCGUGAACCACUUCCACUCCUAACCAUAAAUGUCUGUGACAGUUUUGUUUUUGUUACAGUUUUUUUUUUUCAUUUUUUGAUCGCAUUCCGGCUCUCCCCACUGGUAUGACCUUGGCUGCAAUUUUCGUAUAACUCGACAGACAUCUGCAAGAUCAUUUUUGGGGAAGACAAAAUCCAGGUUCUUGUUUGUGCAUCUUUACCUGGUUCUAAACACACAUUAAUGUCCCUGUUCCACACAGACGGGAACUGGCAGUGAUUUGUAUGGAAAUAUUAAUUGUGCUCUGAGAGAGUGAGGAGUCCGUGCUCAGGUGCCGGCAGGCUCGAGUUCAGUAAAUAAUGCAAUGGAAAUGGGUCUGGUUUCAAAGUAAUCUAGAGACCCUGCUGGAGCACAUCCAACAGGUCAGAGAAAAGUACAACACACACACACACACACACACACACACACACACACACACACACACACACACACACACCCUUUAGUUGAGAGGAUGGAUGGAUAGGUUGAUGUAGCUCCAGGCCUGAAUUCAACCUGUAAAAUUCCCUUCAUUAUUGAGAAAAAAAAAAAAUGUCAAUAAAAAUGGAUUGAUUUCCAUAAAGGCAAUU